AUGACCCCGCCUCAUUCUACCUCCUUCCAUCACCCCGCCCCAUGCUCCCGCUUUCCAUCACACCGCCCCAUUCUCCCGCUUUUGAUCACCGCGCCCCAUUCUCCUGCUUUCCAUCACCCCGCCCCAUUCUCCCGCUUUCCAUCACCCCGCCCCAUUCUCCCUCCUUCCAUCACCCCGCCCAUUCUCCCGCUUUCCAUCACCCCGCGCUAUUCUCCCUCCUUCCAUCACCCCGCCCCAUUCUCCCGCUUUCCAUCACCCCGCCCCAUUCUCCCGCUUCCCAUAACCCCACCUCAUUCUCCCGCUUUCCAUCACCCCGCCACAUUCUCCCGCAUUCCAUCACCCCGCCCCAUUCUCCAUCCUUCCAUCACCCCGCCCCGUUCUCCCGCUUUCCAUCACCCCGCCCCUUUCUGCCGCUUUCCAUCACGCCGCCCCCUUCUCCCUCCUUCCAUCACCCGCCCCAUUCUCCCUCCUUCCAUCACCCCGCCCCAUUCUCCCGCUUUCCAUCUCCCUGCCCCAUUCUCCCGCUUUCCAUCACCCCGCCCCAUUCUCCCGCUUCCCAUCAUCCCGCCCCAUUCCCCCGCUUUCCAUCACCCCUCCCCAUUUUCCCUCCUUCUAUCACCCCGCCCCAUUCUCCAGCUUUCCAUUACCCGCCCCAUUCUCCCGCUUUCCAUCACCUCGCCCCAUCUCCCGCUUUCCAUCACCCCGCCCUAUUCUUUCGCUUUCCAUCACCCCGCCCCAUUCUCCUGCACUCCAUCACCCCGCCCCAUUCACCCGCUUUCCAUCACCCGCCCCAUUCUCCUGCUUUCCAUCACCCCGCUUAAUUCUCCCGCUUUCCAUCACUCCACCCCAUUCUCCCGCUUUCCAUCACCCCGCCCCAUUCUCCUGCUUUCCAUCACCCCGCCCCAUUCUCCCUCCUUCCAUCACUCCGCCUCAUUCUCCCUCCUUCCAUCACCCCCCCCCCAUUCUCCCGCUUUCCAUCACCCCGCCCCAUUCUCCCGCUUUCCAUCACCCAGCCCCAUUCUCCCACUUUCCAUCACCCCGCCCCUUUCUCCCGCUUUCCAUCACCCUGCCCCAUUCACCUGCUUUCCAUCACCCGCCCCAUUCUCCCGCUUUCCAUCACACCGCCCCAUUCUCCCGCUUUCCAUCACCCCGCCCCAUUCUCCCGCUUUUCAUCACCCCACCCCAUUCUCCCGCUUUCCAACACCCCGGCCCAUUCUCUCGCUUUCCAUCACCCCGCCCCCUUCUUCCUCCUUCCAUCACCCCGCCCCAUUCUCCCUCCUUCCUUCACCCCGCCCCAUUCUCCCGCUUUCCAUCACCCUGCCCCAUUCCUCCGCUUUCCAUCACCCCGCACCAUUCUCCCGCUUUCCAUCACCCCGCCCCAUUCUCCCGCUUUCCAUCACCCUGCCAAAUUCUCCCGCUUUCCUUCACCCCGCGCCAUUCUUCCGCUUUCCAUCACCCUGCCCCCUUCUCCCUCCUUCCAUCACCCCGCCCCAUUCUCCCUCCUUCCAUCACCCCGCCCCAUUCUCCCGCUUUCCAUCAGCCCGCCCCAUUCUCCCACUUUCCAUCACCCCGCCCCUUUCUCCCGCUUUCCAUCUCCCUGCCCCAUUCUCCCGCUUUCCAUCACCCCGCCCCAUUCUCCCGCUUUCCAUCACCACGCCCCAUUCUCCCGCUUCCCAUCAUCCCGCCCCAUUCCCCCGCUUUUCAUCACCCCUCCCCAUUCUCCCUCCUUCCAUCACCCCGCCCCAUUCUCCCGCUUUCCAUUACACGCCCCAUUCUUCCGCUUUCCAUCACCCCGCCCCAUUCUCCUCCCCAUUCUCCCACUUUCCAUCACCCCGCCCCAUUUUCCCGCUUUCUAUCACCCUGCCCCAUUCUAACUCUUUCCAUCACCCUGCCCUAAUCUCCCGCUUUCCAUCACCCCGCCCCAUUCUCCCUCCUUCCAUCACCCCGCCCCAUUCUCCCGCUUUCCAUCACCCCUCCCCAUUCUCCCUCUUUCCAUCACCCCGCCCCAUUCUCCCGCUUUCCAUUACACGCCCCAUUCUUCCGCUUUCCAUCACCCCGCCCCAUUCUCCUGCUUUCCAUCACCCAGCCCCAUUCACCCGCUUUCCAUCACCCGCCCCAUUCUCCCGCUUUCCAUCACCCCGCCCCAUUCUCCCACUUUCCAUCACUCCGCCCCAUUCUCCCGCUUUUCAUCACCCCGCCCCAUUCUCAUGCUUUCCAACACCCCGCCCCAUUCUCCCGCUUUCCAUCACCCCGCCCCAUUCUCCCGCUUUCCAUCACCCCGCCCCAUUCUCCCUCCUUCCAUCACCCCGCCUCAUUCUCCCUGCUUCCAUCACCCCGCCCCAUUCUCCCGCUUUCCAUCACCCCACCCCAUUCUCCCGCUUUCCAUCACCCAGCCCCAUUCUCCCACUUUCCAUCACCCCGCCCCAUUUUCCCGCUUUCUAUCACCCUGCCCCAUUCUCACGCUUUCCAUCACCCUGCCCUAAUCUCCCGCUUUCCAUCACCCCGCCCCAUUCUCCCGCUUUCCAUAACCCCGCCCCUUUCUCCCUCCUUCCAUCACCCGCCCCGUUCUCCCUCCUUCCAUCACCCCGCCCCUUUCUCCCUCCUUCCAUCACCCCGCCCUAUUCUCCCGCUUUCCAUCAGCCCGCGCCAUUCUCCCGCUUUCCAUCACCCCGCCCCAUUCUCCCGUCUUCCAUCACCCCGCCCCAUUCUCCCGCUUUCCAUCACCCCGCCCCAUUCUCCCGCUUUCGAUCACCCCACCCCAUUCUCCCGCUUUCCAUCACCCCGCCCCAUUCUCCCGCUUUCCAUCACCCCGCCCCAUUCUCCCACUUUCCAUCUCCCCGCCCCAUUCUCCCUCCUUCCAUCACCCCGCCUCAUUCUACCUCCUUCCAUCACCCCGCCCCAUGCUCCCGCUUUCCAUCAUCCCGCCCCAUUCUACCGCUUUCCAUCACCCGGCCCCAUUCUCCCUCCUUCCAUCACCCCGCCCAAUUCUCCUGCUUUCCAUCAGCCCACCCCAUUCUCCCGCUUUCCAUCUCCCCGCCCCAUUCUCCCUCCUUCCAUCACCCCGCCUCAUUCUACCUCCUUCCAUCACCCCGCCCCAUGCUCCCGCUUUCCAUCACACCGCCCCAUUCUCCCGCUUUCGAUCACCGCGCCCCAUUCUCCUGCUUUCCAUCACCCCGCCCCAUUCUCCCGCUUUCCAUCACCCCGCCCCAUUCUCCCUCCUUCCAUCACCCCGCCCAUUCUCCCGCUUUCCAUCACCCCGCGCUAUUCUCCCUCCUUCCAUCACCCCGCCCCAUUCUCCCGCUUUCCAUCACCCCGCCCCAUUCUCCCGCUUCCCAUAACCCCACCUCAUUCUCCCGCUUUCCAUCACCCCGCCACAUUCUCCCGCUUUCCAUCACCCCGCCCCAUUCUCCAUCCUUCCAUCACCCCGCCCCAUUCUCCCGCUUUCCAUCACCCCGCCCCAUUCUGCCGCUUUCCAUCACGCUGCCCCCUUCUCCCUCCUUCCAUCACCCGCCCCAUUCUCCCUCCUUCCAUCACCCCGCCCCAUUCUCCCGCUUUCCAUCAGCCCGCCCCUUUCUCGCGCUUUCCAUCUCCCUGCCCCAUUCUCCCGCUUUCCAUCACCCCGCCCCAUUCUCCCGCUUCCCAUCAUCCCGCCCCAUUCCCCCGCUUUCCAUCACCCCUCCCCAUUCUCCCUCCUUCUAUCACCCCGCCCCAUUCUCCAGCUUUCCAUUACCCGCCCCAUUCUCCCGCUUUCCAUCACCUCGCCCCAUCUCCCGCUUUCCAUCACCCCGCCCUAUUCUUUCGCUUUCCUUCACCCCGCCCCAUUCUCCUGCAUUCCAUCACCCCGCCCCAUUCACCCGCUUUCCAUCACCCGCCCCAUUCUCCUGCUUUCCAUCACCCCGCUUCAUUCUCCCGCUUUCCAUCACUCCGCCCCAUUCUCCCGCUUUCCAUCACCCCGCCCCAUUCUCCAGCUUUCCAUCACCCCGCCCCAUUCUCCCUCCUUCCAUCACUCCGCCUCAUUCUCCCUCCUUCCAUCACCCCCCCCCAUUCUCCCGCUUUCCAUCACCCCGCCCCAUUCUCCCGCUUUCCAUCACCCAGCCCCAUUCUCCCACUUUCCAUCACCCCGCCCCUUUCUCCCGCUUUCCAUCACCCUGCCCCAUUCACCUGCUUUCCAUCACCCGCCCCAUUCUCCCGCUUUCCAUCACACCGCCCCAUUCUCCCGCUUUCCAUCACCCCGCCCCAUUCUCCCGCUUUUCAUCACCCCGCCCCAUUCUCCCGCUUUCCAACACCCCGGCCCAUUCUCUCGCUUUCCAUCACCCCGCCCCCUUCUUCCUCCUUCCAUCACCCCGCCCCAUUCUCCCUCCUUCCUUCACCUCGCCCCAUUCUCCCGCUUUCCAUCACCCUGCCCCAUUUCUCCGCUUUCCAUCACCCCGCACCAUUCUCCCGCUUUCCAUCACCCCGCCCCAUUCUCCCGCUUUCCAUCACCCUGCCCCAUUCUCCCGCUUUCCAUCACCCCGCGCCAUUCUUCCGCUUUCCAUCACCCUGCCCCCUUCUCCCUCCUUCCAUCACCCCGCCCCAUUCUCCCUCCUUCCAUCACCCCGCCCCAUUCUCCCGCUUUCCAUCAACCCGCCCCAUUCCCCCGCUUUUUAUCACCCCGCCCCUUUCUCCCGCUUUCCAUCUCCCUGCCCCAUUCUCCCGCUUUCCAUCACCCCGCCCCAUUCUCCCGCUUUCCAUCACCACGCCCCAUUCUCCCGCUUCCCAUCAUCCCGCCCCAUUCCCCCGCUUUCCAUCACCCCUCCCCAUUCUCCCUCCUUCCAUCAACCCGCCCCAUUCUCCCGCUUUCCAUUACACGCCCCAUUCUUCCGCUUUCCAUCACCCCGCCCCAUUCUCCUGCUUUCCAUCACCCAGCCCCAUUCAUCCGCUUUCCAUCACCCGCCCCAUUCUCCCGCUUUCCAUCACCCCGCCCCUUUCUCCCACUUUCCAUCAUCCCGCCCCAUUCUCCCGCUUUUCAUCACCCCGCCCCAUUCUCAUGCUUUCAAACACCCCGCCCCAUUCUCCUGCUUUCCAUCACCCCGCCCCAUUCUCCUGCUUUCCAUCACCCCGCCCCAUUCUCCCUCCUUCCAUCACCCCGCCUCAUUCUCCCUGCUUCCAUCACCCCGCCCCAUUCUCCCGCUUUCCAUCACCCCACCCCAUUCUCCCGCUUUCCAUCACCCAGCCCCAUUCUCCCACUUUCCAUCACCCCGCCCCAUUUUCCCGCUUUCUAUCACCCUGCCCCAUUCUCACGCUUUCCAUCACCCUGCCCUAAUCUCCCGCUUUCCAUCACCCCGCCCCAUUCUCCCUCCUUCCAUCACCCCGCCCCAUUCUCCCGCUUUCCAUCACCCCGCCCCAUUCUCCCGCUUUCCAUAA